CAUGUGAGGUAAACAACAAACUUCACUUUUGCUUCUAUUUCUAAUUUCUUCAUUCUGCAAACAAAACCGCUAGCAAAGGUCAGAGAGUAGACCUACAUACCUCUCCUGCUCUCCAAACUCACUAACACAGAGUUUGGAAAUCCAUGAAAUCCAUAAUUUCUCAAUAACUUGUCAUCUGUCUCUUUGGAUCAAUUUCCAAUGGCUGAUGACGCAGACUCUUCCCCCCUUAUCCCUCCUCCUCCGAUCGCCGAGCCUAGCGAGAUCGACCUCGAGGCUGGCCCCGGCGAGCAAAUUCAGUGCCGAAUUUGCCUCGAAACCGACGGUAGAGAUUUUAUCGCACCAUGCAAAUGCAAGGGAACAUCAAAGUAUGUACAUCGGGAAUGUUUGGACCAUUGGAGAGCUGUGAGGGAAGGGUUUGCAUUUGCUCAUUGCACAACCUGCAAGGCCCCUUACCAUUUGAGAGUUCAUGUUGCUGCUGAUAGGAAAUGGCGGACUUUGAAAUUUCGAUUCUUUGUGACUAGAGAUAUUGCAUUUAUUUUUCUGGCUGUUCAGCUUGUAAUUGCUUCUCUUGCAUAUUUGGUGUAUUUAAUUGAUAGUUACCAGCAAUCCUGGCUUCGCCAUGCUUGGGGCUUUGAUAGUGAACUUAGCUUCUAUUACAUAUGUGGAGCACUAUUAUUUUUUGCUUUGCUGGGGCUGUCUGGCUGCUUCAUUACUUGUUAUGAUCGAAGAGUUCGCAGUGAUUUGGCUCAGCCUUGUCGAGAAUUAUGUCUUUGUUGCUGCCAGCCUGGAAUGUGUGCAGACUGCCAUUUACCUGGUACUCUUUGUAUGUGGACUGACUGUACCACAUGCUUUGAAAGCUGUGCAAGUGCAGCCGGUGAAUGCGGUUGCUUAGGAGGUGCUGGCGAAGCAGGGUUACCAUUGUUAUUUAUAAUGGCUUUGAUUGUGCUAGGACUAUUUACUGUGAUUGGCAUAUUCUAUAGUGUUUUGGUUGCUACUAUGGUUGGACAACGAAUUUGGCAACGCCAUUAUCACAUACUCGCAAAAAGGAUGCUAACAAAGGAAUAUGUUGUUGAGGAUGUCGAUGGCGAGAUGACAGGAUCUGAUUGGUCUCCUCCGCCUCUCCCACCAGAACACAUUCACCAGCUGAAGAGUCUGGGUCUAUUAUGAGUAAAUUGAGUGCCGUAUCAUUGAUCACAGGAAUAACAUACUGUAGAGAUGGAGUGGUACUUUAUCCGGUAGGUCAAUCUAUACUGCAAGCCUUUGAAUUUUAUUCAACACUAAACGCCUCCUGCAGUUACUAUGUAAGAGAAUAUCAAAUGCUCUUUGAUGAUGUUCAAAUUACAUUUACAAAUCUAUUAAUGAUAAAUUGUGAAAAAUUUCCUCGUAUUGUACUAUGAUAGUAAGAUCAGUAAAGAGAAGUGAACUACGGUGUCCUGAAAAUAACUAACAAAAAAUUUCUCUUCAUAUUUUCUCUCUACUGUAAUCUAUCAAAAAAGAAUUACACUCUGUAUUAGAGAUGUGUUUAUGGCAUUAACCAUUUGUUUUUUUAUUA